GUCGUCCGAUUUCAGCGCAAAUUUUACAUACCUUUGCUUUUAGCCAUUUGGGGCGUCAUUCCCACCGUCAUUCCCCACUUGUUUUGGUCGGAGAGCCUGUGGAACGCCUUCUUCACGUGCGUGAUGUUCCGCCACUGCCUGACCCUCAACCUGACCUGGCUUGUCAACAGUGCCGCACAUAUGUGGGGCGGGAGGCCCUAUGACAAGAACAUCGAGGCCCGCGAGGCAACCGUCAGACACUUACUUAUGGGCGAAGGCUUUCAUAACUAUCACCACACGUUCCCGUGGGACUACUCGGCCAGUGAGUUGGGAGCCUUUGAUGUGUUCAACCCGGCCACGGCUUUCAUCGACUUCUUCGCUAUGAUUGGUUGGGCUUACGAUAGGAAAGUCGUGUCGCGAGAAAUGAUUGAACGAAAGCAACAGCGAAGCGCUAAGUUAGAGGACAUCCGUGAGGUUCGGGGUAUUGUCCACUCGCUGUACGAAUGGGUCGGC